AAGAAAUGCUCACCCGUUAUUAAUUUCAGCAAAAACGAUCGGGAACCCAGCUUAAGUUAAUUGAGUUCCCAUCUUUUUGUAAAAUUAACGGUAUGACAGUUAAUCUGAUAAAAAUGUAUAUGAUGAUUUUGGGUAAUACCUGUUUUAUUUUUAGAUACGCAUCGGGAACCCGAAAGGACUAUAUUUACUAUAUACUUACACCUUAAAUCCUAUGUGUGUGUGUGUGUAUAUAUGUAUUUAAGUAUUUAAAGCCGAACUGUAAUAAGGAUUUAGCUUCAAGAAGAGACAGUUGGGAUAAAUCUACAGAAAUGUUUAUUAAACUAGUUGCUUUAAUGUUUUUGUUUACAGGAAGCAAUUUCUUGAAAGCAAUUAUGUUGUAUUGUGGUGACAAGGGGAUGCAUCGCUACAACAGUACGAUACAAGAUUGUAUAAACGGCAUCGUUAAACCGAAAAGAUUUCUGAUUUGUGGGGUCCCUCCGAUGGAUGAGAAAUAUGAUGAAAAUACACAUUCCUGCGUAGAUAACAAGCUCGUUGUAAAGGGGACAUGCGGUAUUAAGAAGUUAAGCCGCCGUAAGAAAUGUUGUGGGGAUGUGGUUUAUGACCCCCGGUAUCAAACAUGUUGUACGAGUAAACAUGAGCACCGGAUCCACGAUCAUAAGCAGGAGAUAAAGCAUGUCUGUUGUAAUCUGGAAGCUUACCAUAGGAGAUCGGCUAAAGCUACAUGCCAUAGAUCAGCGCACAACGACCAGUUCUUUAAACCGAAAAUAUUGAGGCUGAGGCGGGUGAGCCAGAAAAUAUGCAAGGAAUUUGAUCAUGUGUAUAAAGUAAAAGUGAAGAGUCAGGUAUGCAAAGGGAAUCGACGAUUUUUGAGAGUACGGGUUUCAAGAUGGGCAUGGCAUCCGUUAAAAUCAACCGACCUGAUGUCGACAUCUCCAAAACAGAAGAAACACAUGCAUGUUAAACUAGAUAAAUACAGUGGGAAGAAAGACUUAACUGGAAAAUUAUUUCUCAUAUUAACAGACAGGAAACAUUCAAUGAAGAAAGUAUUCCGUUUGCGCUUUCGUGAAAAUAUUUAUGCUUUUCCAAACAAUAAAGUAUUGCAAAAGCGAAUGUUGUCGAAGAUUAGUAAGAAGUGCAUGAAAGUGCUGAAUAAAAAUAAAUUUGUUUUGUUAAAUGGUUAGCAUGAAUUGAUCUGCUGAGUAAAAUAUAGUACAGCGUUGUACUGACAUCCAGGUCAGAGGUCGUGAUCAUUCGUGUGUUAUGUCACUAGCACGACAGUAAGAAGCAUUUGGAGAUGACGAAAAACUUGAGUUGUAAGCCAUUUGUGACUUAAUUGUUCGAACUCUUAUAUCUAAUGAAGAUCAAUUCGUUUUCAUUCCUUGAGAAGCAUUAUUGUUGAACUCAUUAUUUGACAGGCAAAUGAAAGCAAAGAACGGUUCGCAGUGAACUCUCUUUAAGACAAAGUAAAGAGUAAAUACUUAAAUAUUUAUUACAUCUAUGCUGUAAUUAAUGCACUGAACGUGGGCUGAAUCGUUUACCCAUAUUUAUCACAAAAUAGUAGCGAAUUGCGUUAUUCUUUUAAUACUUAUACGAGGGGAAUGUUUAAGUAUAUUUUUAUAUUCACCGUACAAACCAUGUUUGACAACGCCUAAGAAUUGGUAUGGAUGUUAGUCAUCCAUAUUCGUACAUGUGCGGUCUUAAAUUAUUAUUUAUCUGGAAUUCCUUGUAUUAGUAAUAUUGUGGAAUUUGGAAAUGUUGUCAUAUGAGUAUAUAGUUUUGCCAAUUACUUGUUAAACUACACGACUUUAUGACUCCUCAAAUAUGAAAGAACCAGCUAGUACACAUUAAGUACGUAUUGUUUUUUUUAAAGUCCGAAUUUAUUUCAUGAGCAAUCAAAUUAGAUUUCCAAAAUAUCUUUUUUAAACAAUAUAUAUGUACUGGUAUUCGUUAAUGCUGGUUUAUAUUAACAACUCUCAGGUCCGUUUCCAAGAAUUUACCAUUCCUGGUGUUAUGUGACGAAGUAUGGUCGUGACCCGAGUAGGUCUCAAACCCAUGUGCUCUUAACUGAGAUAUAUAAUUACGUUAUUUGAAUGGAACAAUGUUCGAAUUUAUUCAACAACAACCUUUUAUUUUCCAGUCAGUUUACAAAGUAACAUAUUUCAGGCUAUAUUAAUCAAACUUGUAUAUCGUGUUAUUGUCUGUGUACAGUAUGAAACAAAGUAUUAGAAGUAUCUCAGUAUUUAUAAUUUUAGUUAUACGAUGAUAUGUUAUUUCAAAUUUUAGUUUUCAGUGUUACAUUUUUAUUAGAUGAUAUCUUUACAUUGAAUAAAAAACAGAAACAGCA